CUGCUAUCACAGCGACGCUGCUGUCACUCUGCUCACAGGGUUCAGGAUUUAUUUUUGGACUGCCAUGGCUUCUGUUCCUUCCAUUUGUAGGAAGGGGGGUCGAGUUGGGCUCAACAUGAACCUGCCGCUCUGACACUCCAGGCUGGGACAAGCAGGCAGCAGCCGGCCGGCCGCCCCCCGAGCAGCAGUCGCACAGGGGAACCUGCGUGGAGCACUUUGAACAUCAACAAGUUUUUACCUGGGUGCUGAAGCGCUCAUGGCUGUCGCUUAUGGUGCUGUCACGCAGCCGGGCCUGCUUUCCCAGCAGUACCCCCCACCCCUGCUGCCCAAACCUGGAAAGGACAACGUUCGGCUUCAGAAACUCCUCAAGAGAACUGCCAAGAAAAAGGCCUCCACUCAGGCUUCACAGCCUGCCGCACUUUUCCGCUCCAGCCUUUCACCUGUGAACGAAGCAAGCCCUGACCUUGAGCACAGUGACCACUGUACACCUCCGAGGACUCCAGAGACACCGCUCAGCCUCUACAGCAUCCAGCAGCCUCCACGGUUCACCGUCAGGCCGCUGUAUCAACAUGUGGCCUCCCCUUACCCGCAACGUGCAGCUUAUGGCAGAGGAGUGAGGUUCUCACCUCAGACAGUGGCAAUGCCGUCGUACACUCACUCGCAGCAUGUUAACACUGUUUCUUCAUAUUCAGCAUCGACCCACAUUUCUGGAGUCUCACCAGCCUUUUCUGUGCCUGAGGCAACAGUACCAGCAGCUGCAGCUGUAGCAACCCUGCAGCCAAAGCCCACAAGUCCAGGUCUGACUCCUUAUCCAGCAACAGGGGGUCAAGCUUUAAUUCGUCCUCUCACUGUGUUGACCCCGUUCAUAAAAUCCAAAAGUCCACGUCCAACAUUCAAAGCAACUGAACCUUCAAGAUCGCCCAAACCGAUGUUUGAAGUCCCUCAAAUUAGGAUGUACACAGCGAGCACAUCGUACUAUGAGACAUCCAGGACCCCACCAGUGUAUGACUCAACUGGAUUAACUGCCAUUGGUAGCACAGUACCUCAAAGCAAAACACCUGCAGAAACAAAACAAGAUUUGUCUCCAGAAUCCGAGGUCAGAAAAGGCACUACACCAAUAGCAGAAAUAAAUACAAUCUUAACUCCAACGUCUGAAAUCAGAAGAGCAACUCCAACGUCCGAAAUCAAGAGAGCCACUCCAAUGUCCGAAAUCAAACGAGCCACACCAACGUCCGAAAUCAAACGAGCCACUCCAACGUCCGAAAUCAAACGAGCCACUCCAACGUCCGAAAUCAAACGAGCCACUCCAACGUCUGAAAUCAAACGAGCCACUCCAACGUCCGAAAUCAAACGAGCCACUCCAACGUCCGAAAUCAAACGAGCCACUCCAACGUCCGAAAUCAAACGAGCCACUCCAACGUCUGACAGAGUUAAAACACCCACUCAUGAGUUCCAGACAUUAAGAACUUCAGCAGGACGGCCUAAAACCCCGGCAUACCAUAUGACGCGGGCUACAACGCCCGUCUUUGAAAUCUCAAGACCCAAUCCUCUUUUGUUUGCAGUGUCGCCAAUCACAGUAGAGCCAGAGAGGUCAAGAACGCCCCAAACUGUUUCUGCUGCAAACAGCUCACUGGAUUCCCAAGGUGUGAAGGUUACCGAGCCUAAGCCUAGUGAAACAAUACUGAAUGGAGACAUUAAUUCAGGCUUGACACCUUUAGCUAAACCAAUUCAACAAAGUAUUAGAAAGUCAAAAUCAGAGCCUGAUCUGACAAGAGAAAAGAUCCCAACUGCUCUAGCUGCCUCCCAAAGACUUAAAACUCCAACAUCUGGGCCAACACCACCAGUAGUGACUUCUUAUGGCUAUCAGAGGCCUCUGACUCCAACAUACGAGGCCUCCCGGCUUAUGACCACAUCACCUGGCUUUAAAAGACCAAGGACACCUACAUAUGGGCCAUCACCUUCUGGUGUAUCACCUGUAGCCUUUCAGAGACCUAAAACCCCAACCCAAGUGGCACAAAAAUCUACUUACCGUGGAUUGACACCAGCUGAAUAUGCCGCUUAUGGAGGAAUCAAAACCUUCUCUCCAGCAUUUGGCAUCUCCAGUUUUAAGACGCCAACUGAAGAGGAGGUUAAAACUACAAAAGAGGAAUCAGCAGAAGAUAAAACAUCCAGCCAAGAACUAUCUGUGAUGGGACAAGUUACGGACGAGGUUUCUAAAGUCAAAGAACUCUCCAAAGACGUGGAUAAAGCCCCUCUAAAAGAUGAGAAAGUUUCUGCCACCCUCUCAGUCCCUAUUAUUAUUGUUUCACAAGCAUCUGACACCCUCGGAACAACAUUAACACAAGAGAGAAGUACAGUUUCCAGUCAGGUUGCAGCAAAACAAGAAAAAACUGUGAUUCAACAAACGGCAAAGGUGAAACCUCCAACAGUGGAGGAGAAAACUCCUGAGAAACAAAAGGUGGAAACAGCAGUUCAAGAAGUCACAAAACCAAAGACAAUAACUCCUGAAGCCAAACAUCCUCUGCCCAAAGGUGACGACCAGGAUCCUCUCAAGGCAGUAAGAAAGCUUUUGGGCAGAGAUAAAGUCCAGACUGCCCAGCAAAAAUCAGGAACUCAGACAAAAGCAGACGUCUCAGGUCAAAAAGAGCCAGCAAAAGCUGUCGCUCCCACCAAGACUAAAGCCGAAGGCUCAAAGCCAAGCACGGCAUCGCCUGCUCUGCCUGUUAAGAUGUCUGCUGCUGAGACAAUAAGAAGUGAAGACAAAGGAAAAGAUAAGAAAGCAGAAUCAGCACUUAAACCUGAGAAAAAGGAAGGCGAUGAAUCCCUCCCAACAGCCGAGCCCCUUCUUAAAGUCAUACAAAAGCCAAAGGGAAUGAAAUCUAAAGUGAGCGGUUGGUCCCGACUCAAGAAGCACAUGGUGGUGGAGCAGGAGGAGCCAAAAUUUCCAGAGAUAGGCUCUCCGAAGGAGGCCACUGGGCAGGACCAGAGUGAGGUGAAAAAGGCAGACGAGAAGGCCGAUGAGAAGGCCGACGACAAGCCUGAUGCUCAGGACAAGAACGAAACCAAAGACGCUCCCAAGGCAACAAAAAUGUGGGACGCUGUCCUCUUCCAAAUGUUUUCCACUAAAGAGAACAUCAUGCACCAGAUCGAAUUAAACAAAAGCGAGGAGGAGAAGAAGCAAGAGAUAAAGGACGAGCUGAAGGAGAUACCUUCAUUUGCACACCGGCUGCCUGUGCUGCUGUUUAGUCCAAAGUUUGACGCUAAAAGGCUUAAAGAGGCGGCGUCGAGGCCGGUGACAAAAAUUUCAACCGUUUUUGAAAUGGGUCUAAUUGGGCGUAAAGGUAAAGACGAGGAACCAAAAGACUUUAAUAGAACAGCGAGAGGGUUCACGGUUACUUAAUAUAUAUAUAAUAAAAAUUGCCAAGACAAAAAUGUAAAGAAAAAAGUUAUGAUAUGUGUUUAAUGUACAGGGUGCAGAAAUCCUAGCAACAGAAAUAAUGUACAGGUCUGGAAUCUUUGUCUCUGUGAUAAACUAAUGUAGUUUGCGGCAGUGUUAUACAAAACUCGGCCUGAAAUUUAUACUUGACAAAUGCUUUGUGUUGCAUUUGUGUGCGUUGUUGUCUGGAUGUUAAAUGUUUGUAUUUGUGGACUAGCUGGAAGGAGACAGCUACGUUCGUCUUAAAGUCAUUCAGACGUCACAUCCGAUUAAAGCGUUUAUGUUUUAAAGUA